AUGCCUGAGACAGAGGGUGAAGCUGUGCCAGCCCAAGCCAAAGGGUCAUGGUCGUCAUUUCUCAAAUCCAUCGCAUCUUUUAACGGAGACUUAUCCUCGUUGACCGCGCCGGCCUUUAUCCUGUCGACGCAGUCCCUCGUUGAAUUUUCCGCGUACUGGGCCGAGAACACUGGCCUGUUCAUUGCCCCGACACAAGAGAAGGAUCCAGGCAAGCGCGCGCUCUUGGUACUGAGAUGGCUGCUCAAUACGCUCAAGCAGCAAUACUACUCGCGCUCCGAGAAACUGGGGUCCGAGAAGAAACCUCUCAACCCGUUCCUCGGGGAACUGUUCUUGGGUCAAUGGGAAGAUGAAUAUGGCGUGACCCGUCUUGUCUCGGAGCAAGUCAGCCACCACCCUCCUGUGACGGCAUACUGCAUCACCAACGACAAGUACCGCAUCCAACUCCAAGGAUACAACGGUCAAAAGGCGAGCUUCAGCAGGACGAUCAAUGUCAAGCAAAUCGGACAUGCGCUCUUGACCCUUUACCCGCCUGGAAGCGAGCAGAAAGAGACAUACCUGGUGACUCUACCGCCGCUACACAUUGAAAGUCUCAUCUACGGUGCACCAUUUGUCGAACUCGGCAAGUUCAUCCACAUUGUCUCCAACAGCGGGUACAUCGCCAAGAUUGAUUUCUCCGGCAGAGGAUGGGUGUCUGGCAAAAAGAACAGUUUCAGCGCGGCGUUGUGGAAACACGGAGAAGGGUCCGAGAAAAAUCCCAUCUACUCAGCGGAGGGUCAGUGGUCUGACGCUUUCGUCUUGAAGGAGGGUGACGGGAAGAGAGCAAAGGUGAUUGACACGGUCAAGCCCAGCGAGGUCGCAUUAUCCAAGCUGAACGUCGCCCCGGUCGAAGAGCAAGAUGUGUUUGAAAGCAGGCGAGCCUGGCGCAACGUGGCGCGCAGCAUCGAAAAGGGUGACAUGGACGCCGCGGCGCACUUCAAGUCGCGGAUCGAAAACGCUCAACGAGCCCUGCGCAAAAAGGAACAGGAAGAAAACCGCGAGUGGAGGCGGGCCUUCUUCUCCCAGGCCAGCGCGGACGAUGAAGCUGAGAAAGUCUUUCAACACUUGGCCAAGGUCGCCACCAGCUUGGGCACUUACAGCUGGGACGGCAUCGCUCCUGACAAGACCGCCGGCGUCUGGAGAUUCGACGAGAAGAAGGCGGCCCAAGCCAAGAAGCCGUUCCACGAGGAGGGACUGUUGGCCUUGGGGGAGAAUCCAGACGGCACCUCGGCGCCUAUCAGUCGAGUCACGACCAACCAGAGUGGAACCGUGGGUCAGGUAGCUAGCUGA